AUGCUCGCGCAUCGCUUCUUGGUCGCCGCGGCGGCACUCGCCUGCCUGUGCACAGGUGGAGCCGAAGCCGCUCAGCAUCCCCUACAGCUUGCCAUCGAACCCGUCAUUCCAACUCGCAAGCAUAACGAUACCUCUUCCUUCAACCUCGUCGACCUACUCUCGCAGUCGCCCGACCACACCAUCUUUGUUCGUCUGCUUCAGCGCACCCGUCUCAUCCCCACUCUCAACAGGCUGCAAGAGUUCGACGACGGCUCGGGCAUCACCAUCCUCGCUCCCACAAACGAUGCCUUCCUGAGCAAGAAGCAGCAGCAGCUCAGCCAGCUCCACGCAGCUUCGCAAGCCGCUUCUCGUUCUCACACGCUCACAUUCUGGGAGUACCUGCUCGACGACCUUCCGCAUACCGCAGCCUCGGCGCAUUGCAUCUGGAACCACGGCAUCUGUAUCCAGGCAAGCAACGUCAACGCCGUCGCAAGGCAGCAUCUCCUCUAUCACGUCUUGAACUACACCCUGCCCUUCACUUUGAGCGACAACACUGGCUCGCACGCACCGGACCAUCCUCUCCCGCAGCCUGGAAAGCCGCAGAUGCACACAACCCUCCACUUUCCAUCGCGCAGAAUGCUCACCGAGCCAACCCAUCCCGGCCGCGUCCCAGUCCCCGACGAGGAGGAUCACGGCGGCCUGCUCGGACAUCACGGUCAGCGCAUGCGCAUCGCCCUCGUCGAUCGCACGGACAAGUCGCAGCCAGAUGCAACCUCUAACAAGCAAAAACGGCCAAGCCUCUACUUUGGCGCCGAUGAGCAGGGUUGCGGCGGCGCAAUGUCGCUCUUCGAGGAUUGGAGGUCCAGGAGCGGCGUCAUCCAUCACAUCGACUCGGUCAUCAGCCUGCCACCCUCGUUGGAGCACGUCAUCGCAACUCAUCCUAGUCUCGACAGCGUGCGCCACCUGAUGAACAACGACACCUUGCAUACCCUCUCCACCGUGCCGCAUCUCACCCUCUUCAUGCCAACAUCGCAAGCAUUUGACAAGCUUAGCGCGCUCGAGUCCGCUUAUCUCUUCGGCAACUUCGAACAGGCUUCCCUAGACCGUCUCAAGCUCCUCGGCUGGCACUCCUGCGGCAGCGGCUUUGGCGACCGCUCCCCCGUCUACUCCGCAGCGCUCAGAGCAGCCGGUCGCGCCACUUUGGCCACCACCCUCGGCGGCUCCGUCUCCAUCGAAGUCGACCAAGACGAUGGCUCCAUCAAGGUCAUGGACGCCCACAUCGUCCAAGAGGACAUCCUCACCGAGAACGGCGUCGUGCACCUCAUCGACGACCUCAUCUUGCCCUUUGGCGAUCUCGACAUGAGCAUCGAGGCUACCCUCCUCGCGCUCAACGCCACGCGCUUCGUAGACCUCGUCUACGAAGCAGGCCUCCAGCACUACAUCAACAAACCAGCUCAUCUUCAGCGCCAAGAUGGUGACCCCUUCACCUUCCUCGCUCCCCGCGACGACGUCAUCGACUCGUGGUACUCGCGCCAUCCGCACAUUGCGCAUUACGCACCCGACACCUCGCGCUCGCUCGGCAACUACCGCAAAGGCCCGUCGUUGGAGGAAGUCGUCCGCUACCACAUUCUGCCCGGACAGAUUCGACCGGCUAACCUCACCAGCGGAAUGCUGCUCAACACCGAGCUGCAGGACUGGAAGCUCAGAGAGGGAAGGCAGAAGAUGCCCGUCCAGGUCGGCGACACCUCCGCCUCCGAGACGCGCGGCAACGGCGACGUCGCUUUCGGCGAUGCCAACGUGAUCAGCGAGCCCGUCGAGGUCAAGGAUUCCGCCGUCAUCUAUGUCGUCUCGCAGCUUCUCCAGCCGCCGUCCGACCCCAUCCAGACAGCUGUCUCCUACCUUUCUCUCUCCACCUUUGUUGCCACCGUGUUUAGCUCGGAUCUCAAAAAGGCCGUGGAGCGCGCACCGGGCGUCAGCUACCUCAUCCCCACCAACGAUGCCUUCACUGGCUUGGGCCUCGCGAUGAAUUACUUGCUGCUCCCCGACUCGCAACAUUUGCUCCAGGCUCUGGUCGAGUAUCACGCCAUCGACAGGAUCGCCUACAAGGCCGACUUUACGGAUCAAGAAGCCGAGUUCCCCACCCUACUGCCCACGCUCGGCGCCAAGCUGGCCAUUCGCAGGCAGAAGAGUGGCACCAUCGCCGUGCAUCAGGCGGGCGAGCCAAAUGGCACCGCCUCUCUUGUCAUCAAGGGCGAUAUCCUCACCAACACCGGCGUGAUUCACGAGGUGGACCGCGUUCAGAUCCCCUUCGAUCUCACCAUCCGCGACCUGCUCAAAGGUGCAAAGGCCGACACCAUGGAGGACCUUAUGGUGCAAGCAGGAUACGAGUACGUCCUCAACAGCACCAUUCCCAAGAAUCAGAGCAUCGCUUCCGCCUCGGGCUUCCUCGUACUGGUGCCAACCGAUAGUGCGUUCACAAAAGUCAACCUCACAGCCGUGCUUGCCGACCAAGACCGUCUCGUGAGGCUGGUGCAGCAGCAUCUCAUUCCUCUGGUCGACGACAAGAGCGUCGACGAGCUGCUGCCAGACGGACGCGGUGACGGCAUCGAGUUGAAGGACGAGAGCUCGUACGCCACUUUGCUCGACCGCGCCAAUGGAGGUCCGAGCGCCCACGGCCAGGUCAGCUUCCGCAGGACCGAUCCGCGCACGAGUCGGUACAAGCGAGCACUCAGCGACGGCGAGCCCGAUGAGGGGCUCGGGUGGAUCGUAGGCAUCAAGAAUACACGCGGCUCGUCGUCCGAUGCCCACUCGGCCGUCGUUACGGCCUUUGGACGAGAGGCGAGAGGCAUUCGCGGCGAUGUGCGCAUCAUCAGGCCGCCAGUAGGUGGCGUGUUCCAGAUCGAUGCUGUGCUCACGCCGUACGAGCCGGGCUGGUUCUAUCGAUGGGGAUGGAUUGCUCUGCUUUGCGCGGCUGUUACCGGAGCGGUGGCAAGCCUUGCGGUGUUUGCUGUGCGAUGGUGGCGCCGCGGCAAGCGGAUCCAGCUGCCAGAGGCUCUCGAAGGCGAAGAAGAAUGA